AUGCUCCUCGACGAAGACCCAGCAGCCCUCAUAGCCCAAUGCACCUCACACUUCAAAAUCGCCAACGACACCGCCUCCCUAACCCGCAUCAGCGACUCCCUCUCCACCCUCUCCACCUUCCGCACCCAACACCUCUCCUCGCUGCAAUCCACCCUCGCCCACCUCUCCCGCACCCACCACACCCUCGCUGCAAACCACAAUCACACUCUCUCCCAACACAACCCCACCACCCACGCCGCAGAGAUCCUGCGCCUCGACACCGAGAAGUUCAAGAUUGCAAAGCAGGCUUCUGAUUUGGAGAUUGAGGGCGAGCGGCUGGCGAGCGAGUUGGCGCGUUUGGGCGGGGUGGUGGCGGAGCUGGAGGAGGAGGGGGUGGAGGGUGGGGUGGUGGGUGGUGCGAGUGAGGAUGCUACUGUCCUCAAACUCAAACUCUACCGCACCCUCGGCAUCGACGUCGAGGCCGACCCCACAACCGGCGCCUACAACAAAGCCGUGAUCCGCAAUGCCGCAAAAGGCGACGUCCACGUCGUCAACAUCGAUCCCAAGUUCUCCCGCCACUUUUAUACGAAUUAUUUUUGGCGCACGCUGUGA